AUGCCGAGUUUGUUAUCCUUCGAGCAGGUGAUGUUGCCAUUACUUACUGCCUUCUUUUUUCGAGCAUGGGAUAGGCAGUUUGAAAUGAAGCAAAGAAGAAUAGAAUCUGAAUACGACUAUGUUAUAGUUGGCGCAGGUUCGGCAGGAGCGGUGUUGGCUAACCGACUCUCAGAAGAUGUCCUUACAAAAGUUCUGCUGUUGGAAGCUGGGGGCUUGCCAGACGUUAUGACGGAAGUUCCUCUUUUUGCGGGUGAGUUACAACAGUCCAGUUUUGACUGGGGUUACACAACCGAGCCACAGGAAACUGCCUGCCUUGGUCAAGUGGAACGAAGAAGUCAUUGGCCACGUGGCAAAGGUUUGGGUGGGUCCAGUUUGAUUAACUACAUGUUAUACGUACGCGGCAAUUCACGAGACUAUGACAACUGGGUCCAGCAAGGGGCACAUGGCUGGAGCUGGAAAGACGUGUUUCCAUAUUUUUUGAAAUCUGAGGACAAUAGAAAUCCAGAUAUUGCGUACAAUGGUUACCAUGGCCGAGGAGGGCCUCUAACGGUCGAAACACCAGCUUACAUAUCACCCCUGGGUCACAGGUUUGUAGAGGCAGGUAAAAUUUUGGGUUACCCAAACGUUGAUAUCAACGGCCCAAUUCAAUCAGGCUUCACUGUUCCCCAAGGAACUGUGCGAAACGGCGCGAGAUGCAGCACUUCUAAGGCUUACCUACAAGACAUCAUGGACAGGCCUAAUUUAAAAGUUUUAAUUAACGCCCAUGUAACAAAGAUUUAUAUUGACAAUAAGAGGCGUGCACGAGCUGUCCAGUUUGAUUACGAAGGACUGUCAAGAACAGUGUUUGCAAGAAGAGAAAUCGUCCUGGCAGCUGGAGCCAUAAACACUCCUCAACUACUCAUGUUGUCUGGCAUAGGAGUUCGAAACCACUUAGAAAGUCUUGGCUUACCGGUAAUUGCUGACUUGCCGGUCGGGUUAAAUCUCCAGGAUCAUGUGGGUUCAGCAGGAGUGCACUUCUUAAUUGAUAAACCUUACUCAAUCAUACUGCCACGUUAUAAAAAGUCAUACCUGAUUCAUGACUUUUUGCUCAGAGGCGGAGGUCCUCUGACCAUCUUAGGGGGCUGCGAAGGUUUAGGAUUUAUAAAAACACCAUUUGCCAACGCAAGUGAGGACUUUCCUGACGCAGAAAUUCACUUUAUCUCCAGCUCCCCAUCCUCUGAUGGCGGAAGAACUAUACGAAAAGUACAAGGUAUUGGUUCAAAGGUAUGUAUUUAUAUCUAUUUCAACCAUCCAGAUGACAUAAAGACACUUCGAGACGGCAUGUCUCUGAAGAUUAGCAUUAACGUGGGUUUGUCUGAGCCAUUCAAAGCCUUUAAUACUACCCUUUUUGAGCCUCCUUUCCCAGGCUGUGAGAAACACCAGAUGUGGGGGGACGAUUAUUUGGAAUGUGUAGCUAAAACCUAUUCUAUUACCAUCUACCAUCCUGUGGGGACCUGUAAGAUGGGAGAUCCCUCUGACCCAACAACCGUCGUGGACUCCAAAUUACGAGUGAAAGGGAUAAAAAGCUUACGGGUGGCGGACGCUUCUAUUAUGCCGACCAUUGUUUCUGGAAACACCAAUGCACCAGUGAUUAUGAUUGGAGAAAAAGCUGCUGACCUGAUAAGAGGAGUCAUACCAAACGAAGUUAAUGAUAAAAAAUGGUCAACGACUAAGUUUUCUGUAUUAUAA